UUGACGCAGUUGGCGAUUUAUCCUAAAAUUAAAUAAAGGCUAAGAAUUUAAGCUUUAUGUAGUCAAAAUGGUUGAAGUAACACGGCAUAACUUUGACGCUUUUCUGCCACAGAUUGAGUACUCAAUUAAUUCAGCUGAUUUUAUAGGUAACAAUUACUUUACUGUACUGUUACUGUCGUUCAUUGAUUGUUACUAUUUUUCAGUAUUUUUUUUUUUUCCCCCGUCCGUUGCCGUUCGCUUGUUGUAUGAACAUGAUGUCUCAUUAAAAGAAAACUAUCAAUUAUUUAUAUUUUGGAUGCAAUUUUGAAAAAAAAAAUUUUAAGUGCUAAAUCACACUCUUAAUUAAUCUUUUUGACAGAUUCCCAUUAUUUUAUUUGGGGCCAUCCAUAAAUUCCCAAAUGACAUCCACAAAUUUUGCAGCUUUUGACCCCGGCCCCCAUCGUCACAAAUCGUCAGACCCCCCCCACCCCCCCACCCCCCCCCCGUUCAAAUAUAACAUUAGUAUUCUCUGCACGCCCCCUUAUAAAAUACCCUGUGUCCACUACUGUCCUUUACGAAACCUUAAGAAGUUCACCUCCCAUGGAUGUUGAAUUACUGCAUUUCUGACUGUGUCAGAAACAUUUCACUUAUAACAGUGGUUCUUAGCCAGUGGUAAAAGUACCUCCCCAGCUCUGAGGUGCGGUAGAUCAGAAAAUUGUAUUUGCUGCCAUUGCAAGCUGUAACUGCUUUUUUUUAUUUUAAAUAAGAUUUUAUGCAUUUUGAUUAGCAGCAGUGAAUGUUUUUCUAGUGAAUUUUGUUUGUGCAUUACUUGUAUUGAUAAAUGUUUUAUUUUUUUAUAAAAAGUUAAUUAAAGAAAUAAAACUAGGAAAACUAAAUUAAUUUUUUUAUAAAAAUAUACUUUAUAUGGUUUGGGGGGGGGGGGGGGUGGAUGUUUAAAAAGGAGUGGGCCUGCAGCGCUGCAAAAAGGUUAAGAAUCCCUGUUCUAGAGCAUAUGCUAAGAUUCACACCCCACCCCCGUCAACCAUUGUUUUCAUUCCACCCUGUUUCAGGUGGUAGUCCUAAUUCUAGGACUCCCAUCUCCAUAUUUUGACAUAAAUUCUCUUGACUGUCAAUGUCAGUACAUCCAUUUGCUCCUCCUUGCUGUCGGCCUGUAACUUGAUCAGAGGCCAUUUUUCUGACUUCGCAUCCCUGUACUGAUUCUCUCAGUGAUUGUAGUUUAAAAAUAAAAUAUUUAUAAUUAUUAUAUAAAAGAUUAAUGUUAAAAUUUAUGUAAUUUGAGAUUAUAAAGUGCAAUUCUUUACUAUAAUAUUCCGCUUUUCAUGUGAUGCCACAUUGCUUAAGGCCCUCCUCCUCCAAUUGUCACACACGGACACAAAAAUGUGACACCCCCCCCCCCCGCCUUGUGACGUUAUUUAGGGUUGGUACAUUUCAUUGAGAUUAUAAAGUGCCAUUCUUUACUAUAAUAUUCCGCUUUUCAUGUGAAGCCACAUUGCUUAAGGCCCCCCCCCCCCAAUUGUCCCACACGGACACAAAAAUGUGACACCCCCCCCCCCCGACUUGUGACGUUAUUUAUGGAUGGUCCAUUUCAGCUUAUUCAAUUAUUAUUCUUCAGUAAGUGAAAAAUUCAUCACUUGGUUGAAAGCAAUGGCUUCCUGAUCCUAUCAUAUAAAUUUAGCAUUUUGGAUGUUGGGAUGAACUUUAUCUUGGAUCAGUGUCAAAUGGUCCAUAAUUAGAGAGCUACUACUAACUACUACAUUUUAGCUCGCAUGAGCUAUCUUGGGAUAUUUUUCCUAAUUUCACGAUCUAUUUCCACAUCACUAUCUUGUCUCCCAAUUCUAUAGAACAAAUUUGAUAUACAGCUGAUAUUUGAUGAUGAUGUUUAUGUUAUUCCAAUAUUCAAAUAUGUGUUAGCAAGAUCGAGAAAUGCCAAUAUUGGGUCCAAAGUUUGUUUUAAAUUAGAUCACAAAAUUCAUUUUGCUUAUUUUCCUUACAAAAUGUAAGCACCCAGCCUCCUCAGGGCAAACACAUUUGUUUGUGUAGUAUAACUUUUUUUAAAACUUUGACCACACUUCUUCAGAAAUAGUGGCAAAAUAUUCUUGACUGAUGAGGUCUGGUUUUAAUAUAAUUUACCAUUCGCACCACUUUGUCCAUAACCUCUUAAUUCAUUUCCAGCGGUUUUUCAACUUUAAAAAAAUGUGUGAAUCUUGGUAUGGUGGCAUAUUUUGAUGUGGUACACCCACACACUGCAAGUAACACAUUACUAUGUGGCUACACACAGUUUGGAAAGCACUGUUUUAGACUAAAUUGAGCUGACUAACACAGUCUACCCUACACAAAGGGACACUAACAGUAACACUACAGUUGUGGGUAUAGUGCCUUCUGUUAGUAGCUAGUGGUAGUCCAUGCCGCCUACUCUUCCUCUCCCCCCGUCCCCAAACAAUUAAACAUCAAGCUAGGUCUCUGCCAUGAUGCAGGUCUGCAAAAUGCAAUUGGCUUUGCAGUUGACUGAGUGUUUGCAGUUGACUGAGUGUUUGCAGUUGACUGAGUGUUUGCAGUUGAUUGAGUGUUUGCAGUUGACUGAGUGUUUGCAGUUGACUGAAUGUUGGAAUUGUUCUGAUCCCUGGAACGUUACUUUACCCCCUUUCCAAUAUAUCGCUCACUAAAUUACACCUAUUCCAUUAGUUUGUUCAGUGUUUCACUGAAACCAUAUAUUGAUUACAGCUGCCACUGAUUGAUCUGGUGUGAUUUUGAUGCUUACAGACUUAAUCUGAUAAAAAUAUGUGUAACCACAUUGUCAUUGUUGAUACACUGACACUAUAUCUUUUGAAUUUAUUUAUCAAAGUGUUUCUAGAUCAGUGUUUCAUACCAGUUUUUAGCACAUCAGUGUUGGUGGAAACCCGCAAUCUUUGUUUAAGGGUUGCCCUUAUUGUGAACGUGGAGAGGGACAUUACGUUAUUAUGCUACCAAGUUGAGGCAGCAUAGGAUUCUCAAUCCAUUUAUGUGUUGAACUCAUAUGGCAAAAUGUCUCUUUCUGCGCAUGCCACUUCUUAGCCUGCCCUGCCUGACAUUGGAGUGAGCUGUUAUCAGCAGCAGGCUUACAAAACUUGAAGUUUUGUAAUAUUUAUUAAGUUUUAAAGCUUAUUAUCAAACUGUACAAUUAUUGUAACAAGCGAUAAGGCUACUAAAAACACUUGUAGGCCUUUUCUAAAUGCUGAACAUGCUAAAAAAAAUUGUUUCAUCAUUAUAUGGUGGAAAUGUCUAGUGAAGAUGAGGAGAGUGACGGGUUAAAAAUAAUUUAAUCUGUAAUUUUUUAUAAAGGCAGGAUAAAUAUUACUCACUGCACAAGUAGUGAUAGAGAAGAUGAUGCACACCCUGGACACCAUAAAAAAAUGUGUGCUUACCAGACCGUAGAUUCCCAAAUUAUGCAGUUAAUGAUUUAACUCAAAAAAGAGAACAGUGACAUCAAGUAACUGAACGUGAAACAACAGGCACUAAUCCCUUGGGGCCAUCUUGGGUAUCAUCUCUGCCUGUAACACUUAAUAUAUCUUCCUCUGAACAAGAUUGUUGGCUUACCUUGAUAUCACCAGAUGUAUUAAAGUAUUGAUGUCAGUUAAUGAUCAAUGAUUAUCAAGAAGGGAAGUAAUCCAGGCAGUGUUCUUUACAAAAUAUAGUACACUUGCAAAUCGGAAACCUAUCACUGAAUUUGAGCUACCAGUAUUAAAAUAUUUAGCAGUGAUUACCACAAUGUUAAUACCAUGAAAUACCACCAGGGAACGAUUAUUGGGAGCACACAUCACACAAAUACAUCCUGUUGUGCAAUCAGGUGUUAUGCUGAAAAAAUUUACAAGCUAUAGAACCAUUCUUGAAGUAAUUAAUAGUAAUAGCAAGGUUCCAUAUUCAUUUAAUCCAUUUCAAGAUCUAGCCAUUCUUGAAAUGGUAAUAGGUGCUAGUGGAUGCUGGAAGCACAAACAGUACAAGAUCUUUGGAUUUUGUGAUUCUACUCUUUAAUGAUAUCACAACCUUUUUACAAAGCAUAUUUGACUGUACAUGUCAGGCAGUGAAGGUAUUUGAUUACCUUCUGCAAGGAAUUGGAAAAAUCCACCAUGUUUUUGCAGAUAGUUACUACAUUGUUGACACCAUAAUUACAUAUCUGUUGAGUAAAGGAAUUGAUAACACUGGCACAGUCGACAUCAACAAGAACAAUUUCUUUCUUCAAUGGAAGACCUUUUCUCUUCAGUGCUGGGAAGCUAGGUGGUACAGAAUUAGUGACAGGUCCUAUAUAUAUAUUAUUGCUUGGUGAGAUAGAAAGCCAAAAAGACAUGUAUUGUUGUUUUCAGCAAUAUGUCAGUUUAGAUGGAGUGACAGACCAUGAUCCCAGUAUUUUACGGGUGAUCUUUAAUAAGAUACUUUAGACGUCAAAGAGGUAAAAUUGUUAAAAGUAGUGCGGGGACACAACCUGUGUAUGAAUGGAUGUGACCGUAGUGACCAGGUGGUGUCUUACUAUGACCGCUUUCAAUAUAUUUAAUUGAAUAAUAGAGACUAGACAGGUAAUCGCCCAUAUGUUAUACACCGUCUGUCAUGCUGGUGAGAAGUCUUUGACAAUUAUAAGCUUCAAAGAUAAUUUGAUCCAUAAGCCAACUGAGCAGGCUGCAUCCAUCAGUCCACAAGAGGUAGUAACCAUGAACAGCAUUAAACUUAAGCCCAAAUUUCAAAGAAGGAAAAAAAACUAAAACUUAUGAGGCGCUAAGCAUAUUUUAGAUCACACAGACAAAGACUGGAACUGUUUGGUGUACUUGAUUCCUGCAAAAAUAGAGCAGGAGCAAUUUUUGUUUUCUGCUGGUUGCCCAGAAGAGCCAUAUUUGCAUCCGAAGAACUGUUUUAGUAUAUACCAUGCUCAUGAUCCUGCAGGUGGUGAUCACAGAAGAAAGACAUUGGUCAUGUAAUGUACAUUAAUUGGAGAUAUGUGUUGUCAAAUGUGGAGACUUUCUGAUGUGGGUUUGAUUUUAUUACAUAAGCUAUUAGAAAUGUAAAUAUUAUUCAAUUUCUGGAUUUUUUGUCUACAAUUUUAUAUACGAAUGUGGGUUUGAUUUUAUUACAUAAGCUAUUAGAAAUGUAAAUAUUAUUCAAUUUCUGGAUUUUUUGUCUACAAUUUUAUAUACGAUAUAUAUAUAUAUAUAUAUAUAUAUAUAUAUAUAUAUAUAUAUAUAUAUAUAUAUAUAUAUAUAUAUAUAUAUAUAUAUAUAUAUAUAUAUAUAUAUAUGGCAUCCUUCCGUCUUCGUGAGACGAUGGAGUAGCUAUAUAGUUCUACACUUGGAUGAGUGGCUCACUAGGCCAAUCCUAGAAUGGCAAUCACAGCCGCAUCUCUCGCAGAAGAAUAUUGAAUCCCGGUAAAUUUCCUAAUUGUUCUUUUUGAUUCAAGGGCCUCGUUUCAAGUAUCUUCUGCCUUUUUCACUCCUUCAAACACUGCUGUUCGCCAGUUGGAGCGAUGUUCGGCAAUGAACUCCCAUUCGUUUGUUUCAAUAUUGGCUUCCCUCAUGCUUCGUUUGAGAACUUCAAUAAAUCUCAGGCGCGGUCAUCCAAUAUGUCUUGUCCCCUCUGCCAACUCUCCAUACAGCAGUAUCUUUGGGAUAUGUCCUUCCUCCAUUCUCUGUACAUGACCUAACCAGCGAAGGCAUCUCUUGAUAAGAAAGGAGAAUAUGCUAAACAUGUGUGCAUGUUCCAAAACCUCCACGUUAGGCACCCUGUCCUGCCAACGAAUGCGCAAAAUGCGACGCAGACAUCUUUGAUGGAAGCUGUUGAGUUUCCACUCCUGACUGGCAUAUGUGGUCCACACUUCGCUACCAUAUAGGAGCACGCAUGCCUGAUAGACACUUAUUUUUUUUUAUCAGUUAGAUUGAGAUUAUUCCACACCCGCUUAUUCAGUUUAGCCAUAGUUGCUGCUGCUUUUGCGAUCUUGAUAUUUAUCUCUUCAUCAACGGAGAGAGAACUAGAAAUAUUGGAUCCCAGGUAUAUGAAAUGAUCAACAACCGAAAGAUUAUGACCCUCAAUAGAUAUAAUUGGAGGGGACGGUGCUUCUUGCAUCAUUACAUGAGUUUUCUGUAGACUAAUCGAAAGACCAAACUCCUUACAAGCAUGUGGUAGGCGAUUAACCAGCCCCUGCAGACCUUCUUCUGUGUGAGAUGUUAAGGCGGCAUCAUCAGCGAACAGCAGUUCACGAAUCAGCACCUUUUUUUACUUUGGUCUUUGCACGAAGGCGGGCGAUAUUGAACAGUCUUCCAUCAGAUCUUGUAUGGACGUACACUCCAUUUUCACAGUCACUGAAAGAAAAUUAAAGGAGCCUCGAAAAGAAAAUUGAAAAGAGCAUUGGUGCCAUUACACAACCCUGUUUUACUCCGCUGCUAACUGGGAAUGACUCAGAGACAGGUCCAUUGAAAGUUACUGUGCUGUGCAUGUUUUUGUGAAAUGACUGUAUUAUUGUGAGCAGUCGUGGGGGACAACCUAUUCUUUGCAAGAUACUGAAAAGGCCUCUUCGACUUACCAAGUCAAAUGCCUUGGUCAAGUCUAUAAAGGCAAUAUAAAGAGGCAUAUGCUGUUCGCGACAUUUGGCAUAGCGAAAAUAUCAUGUCUAUUGUUGAGCGCCCAGAAUUAAACUCAGUACCAAUACUCAGUGCAGCUUUUAAAAAAUAUAUUGUAAAAUGUAGUGACAGACCGUGAUGCCAGUUAGAGACCGACCAGAAGUGAUUUUCUGAUUUCGGUCGAAGCCGAAAAUAGGCCGGAAGUUUUAAAAUGACUUUCGGCCGAAACCAAAAAUAGGCCGAAAUUUAAAGAUGACUUUUGGCCGAAACCGAAAAUGAAAUAUUUAGAUAUUUUGAAAUUCGUUCCCGCAUACUUUCUGCAUACAUCGGAAAUAAUGGGGGAAAGUAUAAAUAUUUACAUUCUUUUUAUAAAAAAUGAGAUAAUCAUGAAUAUUAAUAAAUAAACAUCUAAUAUAGGGGUCUCAUGACCCAUUUUUGACUCACAAGACAAUAUUUUGUGGCCCGCUACAUGACAGAAAUGUUUAUUGUUAAUGCGCUGGCGUGUUUCCCCCAUUCUCAUAUAUUUAACGUGACUCUCCGCGACGGUUUCAGUCGAAUCUCACCGACUAGUCUAAUGCUGAUUUUUUAAAAUGUUUCUAUAUAUUUUUCUAUGAUGAUUAUAAUGGUAAGAGUGUUUACGAGUGAGGUAAAUUCCAAGCCUGUCAGCUUGGUAACUUUCUAAAUCUUCUUCUUAUGCCUUUUUACCCAGUCUGGGUCUCUACAUUUUAAGACUUCAAAACACAGACAUCCACUUUUCAGCUUUUUGUUGACCCUUUCUCCUUUAAUGUGCAAAAUGCCCGCACGGGGAGCUGAAUGGAAAAACAGACAAGCAUGGCCCUCCACCUUCCCUGAAAUUUUUAGGUUGUUCCACCGGAACACAUGACUUUUUGGGAGUACCUAUCUGUGUGAAUAGCUCUUUUCCAUUAUGCACUUUAACAAGUCAAAGUUCAGGGCCAAACUUACUGAUGAGGAUCUUCAAGCUAUACUGGGAGUCUUAAUUGCUUCUUCACUCAAGCCCAAGUUGCUCAGCUGUGUAAAAAGAAGCGCUGCCAGGUCUCUGGCAACAGUGAGUAGGUGGAAGAAAGUGAAUCCUAGUUCUUGAGAACCCUUAAUGUUUCUAUUGUGAUUUAUAAAGGUUGAGCAGAUUGUAACAGUUGUAAUCGCUUUUUGUGUGGAAUACUCUCACUCUCACUCAAACACUAUCUCCUGUGGCCCCCCUGAUGAUUUGAGUUUGAGACCCUUGAUCUUACGAAUACUUUGGAUUUUACCAUUUUAAUAUAAAAGUAAUUUAAAUUGCUUUACAAUUUUUAAAAAUUUGUAUGGUAUGAGAAAUUUUGGCAAAAAUGGGGGGGGGGGGGCAAAAUUAAUGCAAAAUAGACUCGAGUGCCCUUUGCUUUUAUAAUAUAAUUACAACCUAGAACAUAUACGUACAAUAAUUAUUGUGGCUCUAAUAGAGCCAAUGGCCGCCUAAAUAUAUGUUAUUAAGGCUAUAAAAAUAUCACCAGAAUGUUUCGCUGUUUUCAUAAUACUAAUGCUUUGUGUUUUCAUUAAUAGCUUGCAAGAUAUCACUGUAUAAAUAUUUAACCUAGUAAAAACACAAUAGUCUUUCUGUGCUGGUGACGUAAAUAAUUGUUCUAAUCAGGGUUCUCAAAGAUCGCUUUAUUUGUUCUUAAAGGUCGCUUUAUUUUUUUUUAAAGAUCGUUUAGUUUGUUCUUAAAGACCGCUUAGUUUGUUCUUAAAGAUCGCUUAGUUUGUUCAUAAAGAUCACCUGGUUUGUUGUUAAAGAUCGUUUAGUUUGUUGUAAAUGAUCGGUGAGUUUGUUCAUAAAGAUCGCUUAGAUUAAUCUUAAAGAUCGCAAAAUUUGUUCUUAAAGAUCACUUAGUUAGUUGUCAAAGAUCGUUCAAUUUUUUGUUAAUGAUCUGUUAGUUUGUUCUUAAAGAUUGGUGAGUUUGUUCAUAAAGAUCACUUAGUUUGUUUUAAAAGACCGCUUAAUUUAUUCUUAAAGAUCGUUUAAUUUGUUUUUAAAGUUCACUUAGUUUGUUCUUAAAUGUCGCUUAGUUUGUUCUUAAAUAUCGUUUAGUUUGUUCUCAAAGAUCGCUUAAUUUGUUCUUAUAGAUCGCUUUAUUUGUUCUUAAAGAUCGGUUAGUUUCUUCAAAAAAGAUCGCUAUGUUUUUUCUUAAAGAUCGCUUAGUUUGUGUUAUUAAAAGCUUGUUUAGUUUGUUCAUAAACAUCGCUUAGUUUGUUCUUAAAGAUAAUUGAUUUUGUUCUUAAAUAUCGCUUAGUUUUUCUUAAAGAUCAUUUACUUUGUUUUUAUAGAUCUAUUAGUUUGUUAUUAAAAAUCAUUUAGUUUGUUCUUAAAGAUAAUUGAUUCAUUCCUUAAGAUCGAUUAGUUUGUUCUUAAAGAACUUGUAGUUUAUUCCUAAAGAACAUUUAGUUUUCUGUUAAAGAUCGUUUAAUUUAUUCUUAUAUAUCAUUUAGUUUACUAUUAAAGAUCAUUCGAUUUAUUCUUUAAGAUCAUUUAGUUCGUUCUUAAAAAUCAUGUAGUUUGUUCUUUAAGAUUGUUUAAUUUGCUAUUAAAGAUCGCUUAGAUUGUUCUUAAAGAUCGUUUAGUUUAUUCUUAAAUGUCGCUUAGUUUGUUGUUAAAUAUAGUUUUGUUUGUUCUCAAAGAUCGCUUAACCUGUUCUUAAAUGUCACUUAGUUUGUUGUUAAAUAUCGCUUUCACUGAGUAUUAGAUGACUGAAAACCUGAGUCACUUUUGGCCGGAUGGCCAAAAGUCUAAGUCAAUUUCGGCCGAAACAAAACAAAAAAAAAAAAAUGUUAACCUUUCUAUUUCAACCGAAAUUAAGCCGAAAGUUAACUUUUCAGUUUCGGCAGAAACCGAAACUUGGCUGAAAGUGAUAAACUGGACACUUUCGGUGCCGAAGCCGAAAUUCGGUCGGUCUCUAAUGCCAGUAUUUUUAUGGGUGAUCUUUAAUAAGAUCCAUUAGAUUCCAAACUGAUUGGGGAUUAUCUCCAUUGAAAUUUUUUGUUGGGAUGCUUCUUUCAAAGGCUUCUGUGAUGAUUGCUUAGACUACCUUAAACUUUAAGUCUUACACCACUGGAAAGAGCUUAAAAUAAACAUAAUUGUGGUCUGUUUAAAUUCCAUUCAAAGACGCAUAAUAAUAAGUAAUCUUGUGCAGUAAAUCAGAAAAAUAUUGCUGUUAUCCCAACAGAAGAUCAUGCAGCAAAUAAGUUUUAAAACAUUCAAUUUCCAUUAAGGUGGAUGAUUUUGAGACCAAAUACAAGGAAUUAAGUGUAAAUGCAAAUAACUUGCCAGUUUAAUGUUUAUCCAUAUUCUAUUUACCAUUAUUUCUGCAGCUGUUGAUACAGAGUUUACAGGCCUUUAUUUUGAUGAAACUAGUAAGCCAAGGUUAGUUUUGAAUACUUAUGUUUUUGUAUGUGCUGUUCAUUAUAUUAAGUCCAUUUUAAAAACAUGAUAUUUACAUUCUUUUGUGUGCAGUGGGUACAUUUUGUUUUGUAUUACAUAUUUAAAAUAAUUUUUUAUAGUGAAAUAAAAUUGAAAUUUUAGAAUUUUUCCCAGCUUAUGUAAAAAUAUUUUUUAGUGAUAUAGUGACUGCUGAAAAAGUAGGAAAAUGAUUUCCUGUUUUAUAUUCACUGCUAAAAACUAAGUGUAUCUUUAUGUCGUCCUUCUUUGUUUGAUCUUAAAGUUGUCUUAUUUGAAUCCUCCAUUGUUUAAUUUUUUAAUUUCUCAUGUUUUCCCCCACUCUGUGUGUUAUAUUUCAUAUAGCAAUUUGUUGCAGAAAAAUUAUAAUUUUUAACAAAUUCAUAAAUUGUCUUUUUUUUUUUUUUCAGUCUUUUUGAUAACACUGCAGAAAGAUAUGCUAAAAUCAAAACCAGUGUGCAGAAGUUUACAUUAUCUCAAAUAGGUAAUUUUAGUACUUAAACUAAGCAGUUCUAGAGCACUAGACCAGAGAAUCAAAAAAUAUUGUGUUCUUAAGUUUCAAGGGAAAUGUAUGCAGGUACUCUGGUCCAGUGUUUCUCAAACUUUUUUUUUAACUGCAAACUUUUCACUAAAAAAUUUGAAACAACCCAUCAUAAAUCAUGUCAUUUUCUACACUCUUUAUGUGCAAAAUAAAUUGCACUUAAUUUGAGUUCUUUGUGUAUGUCAUGGGUAAAAUAAUUAUGUGUAAAAGAAAAAUUCUUGCUUAUUCUCAUUAGAAAUGUAUUUAUAAUUUUUUUUCAAAAUAACAAAUAUGUGAAUGAAUACUGUAUUAUUCUUUUUUCUCCUUUAGGUUUUACAACGUUCACGGGCAAUGUUGAGGAAAACAGGUAGUCCAACUCAGCAUUAAACCUGCUUUGAGUUUACUCCCCUUGAUAAUGAUCCACACUAAAAAAAUCUUGUUUAACCCCCUUUUUUAAUUAUUAAUUUUUAAUCAUGCACAUAUUUUUUAAGAGUUCCAAAAAAUUAUUUAUUUGUACCACUUAGAGUAAUAUGCUUUCUAGCCAGCUGAAAUUUGUGUUAUUUAUUGGGGCUAAAUGUUUUAACCUGUGCUGGUUUCAUUUUUAAACCUUUUUUUUUUUUCAUUCAUUCAUAAAGUGGAUUCACAUUAAUUAGAUUUUCCAUUGCUUGGGAUACUUUUGUGCUUGUUGCGACUCAAUUUGCAUGAUCUUUCAGUUACUCUGCACAAACAUUCCAGUUUCACCUCUGUCCUGAGCCUUCAGGAUCUAUUGAUCAGAGAUUCACUGUGCAGGUAAACAAAGAAGUUUCUGGUACAAUAAAAUGCUGUUGUUUUUCUUUUUUUUUUUUUUUUUUUUUUUUUUUUAAAGUUUCCAUUUUUUUCUUAGUCAUUUAUUUUGAAUUUUUUUUUUGGUUUUUUUUAGAUUUAAAUCUAUUUUUUUUUUUUCCUUCAGAGCUUUUAAAAAAAUAUUUAUUUUUUUUUUUUUUUUUUUUUUUUUUUUUUUUCUUUUUUUUUAAAGUUUCCAUUAUUUACUUAGUCAUUCAUUGUGAAUUUUAUUAUUGGUUUAUUUUAGAUUAAAAUCUAUUAUUUCUUUUCACUGCAGAGCUUUUAAAAAAAUAUUUGAAAAUAUUGGGCUAUGUUUCUGUUGUGAUGGCUGAUAAAAGAACUAAUAGAUGUUUUAUGUAACUUUGAGUUAUAGUAAUACAUGAGUUAUAUUUCUUUCUUAACUUUCAGGCCUCUUGUAUAAAAUUUCUGUGCAAGCAUUCAUUUAAUUAUAAUAAGGUAGGUUUUUUUCAUAUUAUGGGGCUGAAUUUAGCAACAUCCCCAUCAUUGUCAGUGAUGCUGCAAUUGAUGAAUUAUCCCACCAGUGCACCAAAAAAAUAAUUAGUUGAUUUGGGAAAUGGACCUACUUUGUAAAAGUACAUACUUACAAAAUAAGUUUAGGUUUUCAAAAUAGAAUGUGAUUUAAACCCGUCUAAUUUUAUUAUUUAAAUGGAAAACAUUUAGUGAAAGAUGAAUAUCAGGAUAAUCUCUGAAAUAAGUCAGUCCUGAUAGCUUUUCGUUAACAUAAUUUUGAACAAAUUUUUUUUAAAUUCUCUCUGAUAACAUUUUAUUUCAAAUUAUGAAAUUGAAUUCGCUUCUCUUAUUUAAGUCUAAAAAGGGUAUGACAGCACACAAUUUUUAACUUUAAAAAAAAAAAGAUUAUAGGACUACCUUAUUGCCACGUCAUAGUUGUUUAUAACGAUGGUGUUACGUUUUGUUAACUAUAUUGCAAAAAAAAAAAAUUGUUUCUUUUUUUUUUUAUUGUUGUGUGUGUAAAAAAUGUCAAACUACUUGAAGCUGAACUGCUAAUAAAAACUUUCAAUGAAAUUUCAGUGGCUGUAUGAAGGACUCCCUUAUUUGAAUCUUGCACAAGAAAAAUUAAUAAAAGAAGAACUUGCAGCUGGCCUUAUGCUUGAAAGGUAACUCAUAUACUCCAGAAAUAUUCAAGUAGCUCAACUUAGAAGACAAUUUUGGGGAUGGUGUAUCUGAUAAAAAUUAAAUUUAAGUUAUCUAUUACGAAUUCAUAUAUUCAAAAAGAAAAUGCUUAACAAUCCAGAGGGUUACUCUGAUUUGAUUAUUAGCUGAUUGCGGGCAAUGUAAUUUAGCUAUAGGCCUAAUGUGGAACGGGAAGCAAGUACUAUGGAAAGUACUCUUUGUGGAUUGUGGAUUUCUUUUAUUAAAGUAUAAAAUUCAUUAAUGUUUUUAUUUUGGGUUCAGCUUAUACAAAUACAUCUUUUUAGAAUAUUAUUGUCAAUGUUAACUGGAUAUUUAACUAUUUGUUUGAAUUUCCUAAGCAAUUUGGUAAUGAUUAGCAGAAAUAAUAACAUUAAGUGUAUGUGUAUUAAAUGAAAAUACUUUUCUAAGGGUUACAUUUGAUUUGAUACAAUUUGAUCUUUAUUACAUACAAGUCACUAUUGUUGCUUUUUUUUAAAAUUAGAUUUUUAAUGUUUACUUAUACCCUCUUUUUACAACUGUUUGAUGCAACAGUGAUAUUUACGAAAAAGAUGUGCAGACUUUGUGCUCAAAAGUGGCUUCUUGGCUUGCAAGUGCUGAAAUCGGAGAGUGUUUAACAUUGUCAUUAAAUAAUGGUAAAUUAUGGAGCUGAAGUACAACCGGUUAGAAUUUAUAGAUGCAUACAAUUAUCAUUAAUUGAUAAGAUAUAAUUAUAAAACUUUUUUAGUCAUUUCUAAAGCUGAUGCAAAUAUGAUUCAUAAUUAUUUGAUAGCGUAUUUUAGAAUUUAAGUUAUUAUGGCCAAAUACAGUGCUCUGUUUAAGUUUUUAUGGCCAGUUAUAGGGGUUUGUUUCUGCUGUGUUCAGUUUGACUUUUAUCAUGCAUUUUUUCUUUGCUUGGCUGGGAGUAUCAAACUAUCAUUAAGCUUGGGUAGAAUUUGGAAAUAGAGUCCCUUUCAUAAAUAAUGAAAUAACUUUUUAUUAUAGAAUAACAUAAAAUAUGCAAAGGGGAAAGCAUUGGAAAAAGAAUCUAAUAAAAUGCUUGAUCUCAAAAGAAGAGAAAUUGAUGUCAUUGUGACUAUUUAAGGCAGACAUAGCUUUUAAAAAAAAAACUUUGAACAUUUUUCGAACUAUUUAGUAUCAUAUUUUGUUCCCAAGAUGCGUUCCUAUGUUUGUUAAAUGGUAGUGCAUGAACAGUUGUUAAAUGCUAAUGGAUGACCAAUUGUUAAAUAAACAUUUAAAAUCACCAUGAUCAACUGUCAAAUUGACCAUGUCAUUAUAAAAACAAGUGUUAAUGUAAAGUAUGCUAACCUCAUCUGUUACGAUUUUAUUCUAUUUUUAAUGAGAAUUUUUUAAAAAGUUUAUCCAUAUACAUAUUUCAUACAGAUGUUGAUUUAUCAUCCUAUGUUUAUCAUUCAAAUCUACGCUCAAGAUUUGCACAGAUAUGGACCACAACCAAUCAAUUUGAUCAGGUAAAAACCAUUGGUCAUAAUAUUUAUGAAACUGUUUUAAAGAUCCUCCCACCAUAAUUUAUAUUUCAUUUAAGUAAAGUUAACUAAUUUUAAAUUCCUUGUAGCAUUAUAUAAAUCCAAUGACUCUUUCAAACAAAACCUAUUUACCCAAACUUUUAAACUUUUUCAGGCUACGUACUGAGAGGAAGAAGCAAAUGAAUCUUUUUAAUUGAAAUUGUUACAGGGUAGUAACAUAAUUUAGCUUAAAUCAAAUUGAUUUACAAAGUUUUGAUCAAAUUUUUCCUUUGAUAUAUUUUAUUUAAAUCACAAUACAACAGGAUUGACAAGUAAAUUUAUUUUAUUGAAAAAAUUAAUAUAUAGUUAUCAUUAUAUUGUAAAAUAAUUGUAUUAUUUUAUUUAAAGCAGUGUUUGUUAUUAAGAUUAUACCAAAACAGCAGCAAUUAAACAUACUGUGCCAGAGAAGCAAUAAUUAACAUAACAUUACAGUAAACUUAUAAAGCAAGUAACGCAACUUCAAUAAACUGAAGUCAUUCAUCAAGAAAAAAUUUCACAGAUGAAAUGGGAAAAUGGGUGUUAAGAUAGACAGCGACGAGGCCAUGACAGGCAAUUCCGGCUUAUACCAGCUAGAAGCCAGUAUAGGAACUGCUCAUUCCUACCCAAGACAAUCAGGGACUGGAACAGGCUUUCAAAAGGAACAGUUGAGGCAACAACACUAGACACAUUUGUAUUUGUGUCUAUUGCCUCAAGCCUUCAAACCCCCAGUGAUUGAUUCGCUCACAAAGUGGCACUUGCAAUCAGUGAAAUUUCCUCGUCAACACCAGGCACAUAAACAUUGCAAAUCCCCUCUAUGUGCAUAGUAGCCAAAAUGAUUAAUAAAUUGAUCGUGGGCCCUUAAUAUAUAGAAGAAUAUGAAGAUCCCACUGACAGCAAGUUAUAAUGCACCAUUAAACCUUGUCAAAUUUCUUUUUUUAAAUUAACUUAAAUAAAUUACAAACUAAUGAUCAGACCUCGAUGACAUUACUAUGGAUCUUACUAAUUUGUUUAUUAAGGUUGGAUCACAAGGGACAUAUAUCAAGUUUUUGUCAAUAUACACAAAUUACUUUUGGCUAAUAUUUAAAUAAGCUUGAAUAUGAAAUUACUGUGACUAGAUUCAUUCACAGAAUAUUUCCAGCAAUAUUUUUGUGGUGAUCUGACUUAUGACUUGUUAGUGAGGAGUAUCUCUCGUAUGAGAUCUCCUCUUGGCACUCUGUCUAGGGAUUCGUUAUUUAAGCCAAAUUACCACACAGACAUAACACCUAUCUAUAUACAUAUAGUAUAGACUGAAACGAAGUCUUAGUUAAAGGAGAAAUUAACUACAAAUAUUUAUUGCAUAAUAAUAUUUACAACUUCCUCCGUAAAACACUAUUGGUGUUUAAUAUAUAUAAACAUCAAAUAAAUUUCAUCCAAUUAGAAAGGUAUAUCAACACAAAGCAAGUGUCCCUAACAUACAGACGGUACCAUCAUUAUUACUGCUAUAUGCUCAAGUCCUAUGCUCGAUCUUCAUAAACUUAGCCUUUAUAGUUUCUGUGAUGGUCUCGGUGGAUCACACAGUGUGGGAGCUCCUUCUGUUCUAAAAACGUGUCCCUAUUCCGAUCUUCGGAGCUGUUCCAAGCGUAGCGAAGUCGGAGUUCCCUGUCGUAGAUUCCUUUGGAUGUCUGCGAUGUGAAGAUGACUCUCCCGCGAUAAAUCGUGGUGGUGAGAGUCCCUGGAUCUUGAAGUCCUAGCUGUCAGGUAGUUUGGUGUAGGAUGUAGAUCAAUCCCCUAGUUCCAGCUUCAAGGUACGUUGGUCCAGUAAUAGAAACCAGGCUAAUGGCAAAAUGAUACAAAAAUGGAUAAGUAUCCAGGCGAAUAUCCAUAAGCUGAUAAGUCCCGAUCCAACAGCAAUGAAUUCAGAUCAAUGUUUGGAAGGUGACGUACCUUGUACUUAUAUUCAUCCAAUUUGUGGAUGGAAUUAUAAGUCUUGUCAUAGUCGGCGAGAGCAUAUGUUGCAUCGCGACAAUGUUAGACCACACAAACAUUUUACUUAAUGAAGUACGGGACGUAGAAUCAUUAUCAAUCAUUAAAUUUACAGGUACAUCGUAUACAUAUUGUCUUCUCGUUAAAAGAGACAUGGGCGAGUAGGAACAACAUUCUACCAUACCCAUGAGGGAACGGCGGCCUGUUGUAGCCUGCGGCAAAAGUAAUAAUAGAAUUCAUAAUAUCAAUAUAAUGUAAUAUAGGCAUGAUUAGAAUAAGAUCAAACACGAUCGAAUAUUUGCGACAGAGCGAAUGAACAAUACAAGUGCAAUACCAUAAUAUCAAAAUCAUGGUUGCGUACUUACUAGUACUCUAGGUAGCAGUUGCAGUUAAGUAUCACGCCAGUGAAGUACUAAGUCUAGUCACUUCAAGCGUCCACAAUCAAGUGAUCAGAUAUGAUUAAAAGUCAUAUACUUGCCUAGGUUGCAGUUAUGUAUCAUACUCACGAAGUUCUGUCUUUUAUGAUCUGAUCACUUGACCGUGAAUGCUGGAAGGAUCUGGACUGAUUCUUGCUUGUUCAGGCUAUUUAUUCGAGUUGGGUGACGAUUAAUUGAUGAUUCAAUUGGGUGAUUCAAAUGUAUGUUUUUCCAUGUUUCACUUUCGAUGUUGUGAGUUUGACCUUCUACCCUCAAUGUUUAUCGGGCUGAGAUGAACGUCCUUAUUCACGCUUUGGCGUGAGUUUUCUGGUUUAGAAAUGCAAGACCAGCAAGGGACGAUACUCCGCUUUGCAGUCUCCAGGGCAAAAAUUAGGGGGGGGGGGAAUGGUAUUUCCUCAAGCUUCUUCGGUGGGAUGGGUUGACCGCAAAUAGCAUGCUCUGGAGGUGAGCAAACUGAUGCAGGAAUGCGAUGACACAAGAGAACACACUCGUGCUAAGCGACUGCGGGGCAACUUGAGGGGAGGGAAAGGAGUUAUUUUACAAGGGUUUCCUGGGGCGGAUUUACGAUGGAAGAAAUUUUGCAAAGUCCAGCUUCAGAUCGUCACAAUUUUAAACAAUAAUUAUUUUUAAUGCUUCUUUUUUCAUUUAAGAUUGUGGUGGAGCGGAUAGAUGAAAUGAAGAGGCAGCUACUUGAAAAACAAAGUGCAGACUCUGAUCAAGUGUUUCAAAAAAUGUAAAAACACAUUUUUAUUAAUUAAAACAUAUGACACUUUUAAUUAGAGUAAUUUCUAUUAUUUGCUACAUUUGCAUAAUAAAAUUUUUGUAGGGUUUGUUCACAUUAAAUUCAUGCUUUGUUGUUUGUUUUGACAUUUCUUUCAUUUUGACGGUUGACGCAUGUUGUGAAUUGAUACCUGAUACUUGUAAAGCUGAUGCAGUUUUGAUGCUUUUGAUCUGUAAACAAACAUGUACCAAAUUGAUUUUUGUACCACAGGAAUAAGUCAAUAAUUCUACAAUAAUCUUACCCUAGCUCUUUACUCUUUUUUUUUUUUUUUUUAAAACUUGUACAGGCAGAUUGAGGAAAUGCUGGGAUUCACAAGAGUCUUUCGGCUAUUUCAAGAAGCUAAAAAAGUGAAAGAAAAUUGGAAACUAAAAGUAAUAAUAAAAUAAAACAUGUACCAAAUUGAUUUUUGUACCACAGGAAUAAGUCAAUAAUUCUACAAUAAUCUUACCCUAGCUCUUUACUCUUUUUUUUUUUUUUUUAAAACUUGUACAGGCAGAUUGAGGAAAUGCUGGGAUUCACAAGAGUCUUUCGGCUAAUUCAAGAAGCUAAAAAAGUGAGAGAAAAUUGGAAACUAAUAGUAAUAAUAAAAUAAUAGUAUUUUUAGCUGUUUGAAAAAUAAAUUACUAUUCAUUUUAAAAAUAUAUGAUUUUAAUGCUACAUAAUUAUGUAUCAAAGGAUCCAAAUACGAUAAUGGAUUGAUUUAUUUCAUUGAAGGCUGUACAACUGAAGCUCAUAGUUAAAUGUUUUGAUUUUUUUUUCAUUAUAGAACUAUUAAAAGACUAUUAAUUCAGCCGUGUUGUAGAAAAAAAAGAGUAGAAAGAAACUGUUGAGCAUUUCUUAAGAAGUCCUGUGUAUCUGAUGCCUUUUAAAAUUAGAGUCACUUUUUUUUGUUCCUAUAAUCAGUAUCAAAUCCAUAAUUUUCAGCCUUUGGUUGGUCAUAACUUAUUAAUGGAUCUGAUGUUUAUGUAUGAAAAAUUUCACAAUUAUUUGCCAGGUAAGCUUAACAAAUUGAUGAAUAGAAUAUAUCAAAUUUGUACAUAUUGAAAAAAAGUGUUACUGUUUGUUUUCUUUUGUUUAUGAAAUGUAUUAUUUAUAAUGUUAUGCACCUAUAAUAUCAAGGCAUUAUGUUAAAUCUAAUUUUUUUUUAAUUUAAAAAAAAUCAUAGCAAAGCCAAAGGAACAUAACAUUCAAAUAAACUUAUAAAUAAAAUGAUAAAACAGUAAAAUUUAAUAUCUUUUACAAAUUUUGUAAAAAAAAAAAAAAAACUUAAUAUUUUGAAAAAUUUAAGAUGAAACUGCCAAAAUAGGAAGAGCAAAAGAAACAUAACAUUCAAAUAAAAUUAUAAAUAAAAUGAUAAAAAAGAAAAAUUUAAUAUCUUUUACAAAUUUUGUAAAAAAAAAAAAAAAACUUAAUAUUUUGAAAAAUUUAAGAUGAAACUGCCAGCGUCUGCAAAUCCCAUCAUUGUAAUCUUUGUGAUGUGAAAUGUGUUUGCCAGUUGAUGAAACAUUUACUAGAUUUAGAAAUAAAAUGUUAACAGAUUAAUUGAUAUUUCCUUUUUUUUUUUUAUUAUUCUCAUUCUUUCCAGACAGCUUCAAUGUGUUUAAAGAAGAUAUUCAAAGAAUGUUCCCUGUCAUAUUUGAUACUAAGCACAUCAACCAUUGUCUACGAAAGGUUGGUUUGUUCCUUAUUCAAUCUGCAUUAUAUUUUUAGCUACUGCUAGUGAUGUGAAGAUCAACAUUGCACUAUAAAUAAUCAUUUGUGCUGUAUUCUUCUUUUAUGUCUUUUCAACUGCCUUCUGCUGUGUUGUUUUAUAUUUAUUUUCAAAGACUCUUAAACUAACUCUGUCAGAUUGUUGUUUCCCCAGGUUUUAGAAUCUGUAGAAGUAUACAGUGUGUCAAGCUUAAAAGAUUUAUAUGAUGGUAUCAAAAGGUAAUAUUGAUCAUUGUUUGAUUCUCAUAAAUGUUGAAAAUAACGUUUUAAUGACAAACUUGAGUUUAUAAUAAUUUCUGUGUAGGCAUUUUAUUUUUUUUUUUUCAACAUUAUUUAUAAUUUCUAACAUCACAUUAAGCUCUGUUUCUCUUUCUGUUCUAGCAUAUUGGUGCACAGAACCCUUGGUCACCCAAGUAUUAUCCAAGAUGAAAGUGUUGAAAAUAAAGGUAAAAAUGGAGUUUUUCAUGAUAUUUCAUUAUUGAUCAAAAAGCACUGAGGCAUUUUGCACAAUUUUGAUAAAAACCAUGAAAAGAAACUAUGAAUAAAUUACAGUAGUUAAUAUGCUUAUAUUUUGGUGACGUUUUUUUUUUUUUAUCUAUGAUCUUAUCAUUUGACUUCAGAUGUUAAUUUUCAGAAACGGAUCAGCUGCACCAUGCUGGUUAUGACUCUUACCUUUGUGGUUACGGUAAAUCCCCCUUUUUUUUUUUUCAAUUAUUUGCUGUAAAAUGUGUUAUAGAUGCUCCUAUAUGGUACAGUUAGUUUGUAAGGUAUUUGUGCUUUCCCAUUUUUAUAAUUUAUUUGGUAUUUUUUAAAAUUUAAUUCAUAAGCUUUAUUGGUUUUUUUUACUUGAAGGCUUGAAGUAGAAACAUUUUUACUUGUAUUAUAUAUACUUUAUGCUUUACCAUUCUUGUUUAUUCACACAUAGUUUGUGUUUUAAAAUCUGCUAAAACUUUAGAACCAUCCAAACCUUAUUUAUUAUUACUUCCCUUGAAUAAUGAAAUACCAGACCAAGCAAAGUUUGAACAAAAAAUGCAGUAUUGUAUCUACACACACGCUGGGCCAUUAGGUAUCACAUUAAGAAGCACAAGUAUUAAGGCUCUAAUUUUAUGAGACAAAUAUCCACAUAUAUUUUACCAAACAUUGUACUGUCAUGUAAUUUCAGCAGUUUUUUAAGGGUUGAGCUUAUUAUUUUAAGUUUUAAAAAAAUUAUUAUUUUUUUACCAACAGUUUUCUUACGCUUAUGCCAUUUUCUGCACUUCCGGGAUGUGUGGUUAGUGAACUGGUUCACAUUUCUUAAAUCUUUAUUUUUCAUUAUUAUAGUUUUAGAUCAAACAAUAGGAGUAUAAAGUAAUGGCUUCAAAUUGCUCUGAUUUUUUUAAAAUAUUGAAUUUCAUUUUAGCAGUAGCAUUUCCAAUUUCCUGAAAUAGUGGUUUGUCCAUUACACAUUUUCCAAGUAUUAAACUUUGAGAACUAUUAUAUAAUUCAAAUAACAAUCGGUUUUUGGUUUUUAAUGAGUUUUUAAUGAUAUAUUUUUUAUAUUUGAGUUUGUUUUAAAUGAUGGCAUCCUGUUUAUUUCUACCAACAGCUCCAUGGAUGUUCGACCCUGUGCUUUUAAGGAUUACCUUGGUACAAUGAAGAAAUAUAAGAAUUGCAUCAAUCUCAUCAGAGCAAUGGCAGCCCAUAUAGUAAGCAUUUGCUGCGGAACCGCUUUAUGGGUCCUGCAACCCCUUCAGCUGCAAGGGGGCCUUUGAUAUUUAAGGGGCCCAGAUUUGUCAUGUGGAAAUAAAAAUUAGAAUUAUCAACUUUGAAUGCAGAGGGCACAAUCUGAAAACGUGGCAGGGGGCCUCCAAAAGUCACACAACGGCUCUGUAAUAGGGACAUCCGCUGGUUCAAUAUAAUAACUGUUGACAAUUAAGAUUUGUCCAACAUGCUUUUUCUUUAGAUUCAUGAAAAGAACUUUGUUAAUACUUUUAGCUCUGACUUUAAGAAGUGCAUUUUUUUUGUAACAGCAAUUCUAUAAGUUGUUCUUUUUUUUUUUUUACUCCUGUUUUCAGAAGCUAGAUGGAGAGGAGCCUCCAAGUCAAAGACCUCCACUAAUUUUUGUUAACACUGUUAAACCUGGUGCUAAAUUGAUUUCACAGCAGGUAAACAAACACCUGGUGUAAUAUUGUUCUUCUUGUCAUGUUCAUUGAUGUUCCUCUCAGAUAUGCCAAAUCCAUCUAACAGUUUUGCAAUGGCCCUUAAAAUGUACAGUGAUCUACCUAGAUAAGACAAUACUGGUAAUAUAUAUAUUAAAUGAUAUUUAUUUAAGUAACCUUGGAUAAUAUAAAUUUACCGACAAUUAUUUAAAUAAGUUUCAUUGUGGUAAAAAAAAAAAAGAAGACGCUAAUCUGGCAAGUAUGCACAAUGAAUUUAUUCUGUUUUGGGUUAUCUGAGCAAAUUAUGUUUCCAGAAUGAACUCUUAUUAUAAAUGCUACAAAAAGAAAGCCAUGAGAUUGAUUGUAAAAAAAAUGUACAGUGAGACCUCUAUAUAUAUCGGCCCCCAUAAUUGUAACAUCUACAAAAAUAAAGGUGACCGUAGUGAUUGUAAUAAUUAAAGAUGGAUUGCUCUUCUUGACUUAGAUGGAAAGAUAUUUUCCCAUGUCUCCCUUAAACAAUUGCAAAUUGAACCAGGUCUGACAGUGGGCUGUUCAAUAUCUCAAAGACCAAGGUUAAAAGAUACUAAUUUUUGAGCUGCUGUUUGCUGAUGAUGCCGCCUUAGCAUUGCACACAGAAGAAGGUCUUCAGUGGCUAGUUAAUCACCUCUCACAUGCAUGUAGAGUUUGAACUGUCAAUUAGCAUGAAACAAGAAGCACAGUCCCCUCCAUACAUAUCUAUUGAGGGCCAUAAUCUGUCGGUAGUUGAGCAUUUCAUAUACCUUGGACCCAAUAUCUCUAGUUCACAUUCCGUUGGCGAAGAGGUGAACAUCAGUAUCGGCAAAGCAGCAGCAAAUAUGGCUGAAUUGAAUAAACGGGUGUGGAAUAAUCUUAAACUGACAGUACAAAACUAAGCGUCUAUCAGGCAUGUGUGCGUAGUACGCUCCUAUAUGGCAGAGAAGUGUGGACCACAUAAUGCCAGUCAUGAGCAGAAACUCAACUGCGUUCAUCAAAGAUUUCUGUGUCACAUUUUACGCAGUUAAGACAAGGUGCCCAACACAGAGGUCUUUGAAGAUGCAAAAACGUGUGGCAUAUUCUCCACAAGAGGUGCCUUUGCUGGUUAGGCCAUAUAAGGAGAAUGAAGGAAGGCCCUAUUCCAAAGGAUCUGCUGUUAGACAGAAGGGACAAGACUUAUUGGGCAGGCUGAGGCUGCAAUUUAAGUUUGGAAAAGGAGCAUGAAAUCAAUGAAUGGGAGAUCAUCACCGAACACCGUUCCAGCAGGCGCACAGCAGUGCAUGAAGGAGUCAAAAGGGCAGAAGAUGCGCAAAACGAAGCCCUUGCAUCCAAAAGAGCAGCAUGGAAGGCCAGAUCUAACCAGGAGUCUAGGUUCUCCUGCAAUAAAUGCAGCUGACUGCCAUUCCAGGAUCAGCUAGGAACCCAUUUGAUGAGGCUAAUCCAUCGUCUUGCAAAGACGGAAUGAUGCUUUAUUUUCGUCAAAUCCAAUAUUCAUAGUUAGCAUUAAUUUUGACCCAAAAUUCAAUAUGCAUCCGAAAAUUCAAUAUUUGUCAUGAAAGUUUUGAGAAGAAAAAAUAAACAGUCAACUUUAGACAGGCACUAGAUAAAGUCAUAAAGAAUAUUUGGUGAAGAAUUGCAGUAGGCUGGUGUUUUUUAAUGGAAGGUGACGUCCCUUCUAAACAAUGAUUCCUUUACUCCUCUUCAGCUUCUGCCAUCAUCACUCCUCAGUAAAGAUAAAACUCUGGUUGAAUUUUAUUUUUUUAUAAUUUGGAGGAUUAUUGGGGAACUUUCAAUUAGUCUUAAUUGUUAUGAAAAUAGAUUGAUUCUAUGUUUUGUCAAAUUUAUUUUUCAGUCCUUCAGAAAGAGAUCAAUGGCUGAUAUAGAGGUUCCACGUUACACUCUGCCAGGUUCCAUGUUAAAUUACGACAAAAUAAAAUGAGUAAAACUGAGUAGGGUUAAACCUGAAAAAAUAAACGAAAAAAAACAGCGAACGUGUCGGCAGAAAGCCUUCGUCAGCGAACAAAACAACAGAAAAAACGGUAUAAAAAUAAGAAAUAGCACUUAGCUGGUAAGUAGUAUCUGUGAGCAGCAAUAGAAGUGCCCACAGAUACUACUUACCAGCUAACUGCUAUUUUUUAUUUUUAUACCGUUUUUUCUGUUGUUUUGUUCGCUGACGAAGGCUUUCUGCCGACACGUUCGCUGUUUUUUUGCGUUUAUUUUUUCAGGUUUAACCCUACUCUGUUUUACUCAUUUUAUUUUGUACUAACCUGAUUGCAGUCUCUCCCCUUAUUACCGCUAAAUAACGACAAAAUGGAUCAGCAAAAAAGGGAAAAUGUUCUUAAAAUAAGAUACACCUUCGUAUGAUUGAAUUAAUAAAUAAAAUUUGGGUUUAACUUUAUUUGCAUGCCAGGCAUUCCUAUUAUUUAUAUCUGCAGUUGGCUGUGUGGUUUUCCUUAUAUGGCCUAGUUGACAUUCAAAUGAUUAACUCAAGACAAGCCAUUGUGGCAACCUCAAAUUUCUUGACGUAAGUAUCCUGAAUAUUUUUAGUAAUAUUCAUUGGGCUCUAUACAUCUUAUGGUAUGCCCAUCCCACAUUUAUAAUGUCAUAUUAUAAUUUUUCCAUGUUUCCUACUAAUGAACUGUUUGAAUUUUAUUAUUACCUCUGAAAACAAUUGUCAGAGUAUCACUUAUCCAAUUUUUUCUCUAUUUUUAAAAGAAGUAUUUUUAGUUAAUUAUAAUAAAAAAAAAUAAUUUCUAAUAAAAUAAUAAGCACCUAUUAUAAUUGAAAAUAUGGAGUUUGACCCAAAGCAAUGCAAUUUCCAGAAAAAUAAUGAAAGAUAUCCCUGGUUCCUCACAGAAAUUUGCCACAUUAUUUGUAGUUUUAUACUGCCCUCUAAGCAUUGGAGAAUGGUUCCUACUAUAAGGGCAAAUAAAACCUAUAAUUUGUUUAAUAUUUGAUGUUUAUGAAACAAUAAUUGGUUUGCCCAAACAAAACUGUUAUUAACAAAUAUGAACCUCCUUAAACUUAACCAUAGUUGCCUUCCAAUUACUUCUUGCAUAUCAGUUAAUUUGUAAUAACCCCUUGUUAAAAUUUAAUUAUAUUACUGUUACUGAUAAUGAAUAUAAUAAUUUUCUCUUUUAGAGCUAGAGAAAUCUUAGAAGCAUUCAAAAACCAUCAUUCAAUUGCAGUCACCAAGUACAGAUUUUGGGAACAUUCAAGACUAGGGCAAAGCAUAUUGUGGUAUGUAUAUUUCAAAAUGAACCUUUUUUAUGCCACUUUAUUUUGAAAUACUAAUCUAUUGAAUUUUAUACAUAUCGCUGUGGCUUUAGAAUUUUAAAAAACAAUUUUGUUUUCCUCUUCAGGGUUUCCCUUGCUGUAACAACAGGAUCCUGUGCAUAUUUGCUAUUCAAUACCUUCAGAUAGUUAUCUAGUAUUUCCAAGCUAAAGAUCUACAUAACGGAGUGAGUGUACUUCUGUCAUUCCCAACACUGUGAAACCUGCCAAUAUAACUUAUCAUUUUUUGGUUUAACAUCUUUUUCUUUGACCAUCCGCCGGUAGAAUGUAAUGGAAGGGAAUCACUGGCAUAAAAAAGUGUCAGGUGAAUUAAAAUAACAAUAUGAAUUAAAACAGAUGAGGUUCAUCUAACAUAAAAUGUGCCCUUUAAAAAAAAAAAGCACACUCUAAAAAGUUCCCUAUUUUUGUGCCAGUUACAUAUCAAGUUCGUUGCGAUUUAAUUUUUGUUACAUAUUUCAUGGUGGUAAGUUUAGUGGAAGCAUUUUGUUUUUUAGUUGAAUUUCUUUCAGAAUUGUUAAAUACAUUCAAGUGCAGAUUGUAAAUAAUUUUUGUCAACCUACUAAAGCUUUCUAAGGAUUUUUAUUUUAAAAAAUAAAUAUGAGAAGAACAAUAAAAAUAGGUGGGGGGUUUUUAUUACAUUAUAUUUACAAUACAUUUUAUGUCAACAAGUAUACUCAUUUAUUGCAGUUUUUUUUUUUUCCAAAUAGGCCCUGGGUCGUCGUCAUCUUUUUUACUGUCAUCUUCCUCUGGUUGCAUGAAAACUGGGUUAGGCUGAGAGCUAAAGUACAAAGAGAGAUAAAAUUUAGCAACUUAUAAUUAUAAUUUUGAAGUAACAAAUUUUAAAAAAGUUAUUUUCAAAUAAUUCACCAAAUAAGUAAAAAAGUGUUGGACUGCAUUAAAGCAUUAAAAUAGAUUAAUUAAUUGGACAUGAACAAUUUGUGUCAAUAUAACAAUAAAUGUUUAGCUUUAAUAAUUUUACAUAAUACAUAAGUAAACGUUUCUGCACAUGCCUUCAUCAGUAUAACAACAAAACAUUUAAAUAAGUAUCAAUUAAAUUUACAUCAUACAUACACAUGUAUACUACCUAAAAAAGAGAAAAAAGAAUACGAGUGGGAGCAAAACCCAAACAAAAACAAAGAAAAGAAGAAUGGACAGAAAGUGAUUUGAAGUAAAGAAAAAACAAACCAAACGGGAAAAAGACAUGGCAGCUACGUAAAAUUGUGGAUUUGGUUUAUACCCUACGGAGUAUGUACCAAAGUACAGUAUUAUUGAUAAAAUAAGUUUGAGAAUAAACAGUUACCCUAG